AUGAUUAGUGAUUUAGAUUGUUGUAAAUCAUUCAAAAAAUAUAAAAAUAAUAAGUUCAUGGGAAAAUAUAUUAGUAAUUAUACAAAAAGUGUUUGCCAAUAUCAAAAUAAAACGUUUUGUCUAUCUACUCCUAAUUUUUCUAUUAAGGGACCGUCCAAGUUGGCUCAUGAAAAACAACUCGAAUGGAUGCUUAGUCGUAGUAAAGUAGGUGAAUCUAGUAUUGGUUCUUAUGCUUGUUGCGAUGAUAAAAGCUGUUCCUUUAGUCUUUACGUUGAUGUUUCUGCCUACUUAAAAGCACAAAACCAUCUAAUUAGUCCAAGUAAUAGCUCUGAUUGUUUAGGAGCGAUACCUACAUCAGCUGUUAUUUAUUCUAAUUCUCUAUGUAAAGAUUCAAAACUGGUUGUAAUUUGUCCUAGUCUUUAUCAAUCAGGAAAAUGCCGUUUUUGGGGAACAGAGUGUGAAAACCCACUUCUUCUUACUUAUCAAGUGACAUCAUGCAAUGAGACAGGAGGAGAAGUGGCACUUAGUAAUAACUUAUCAUUAAGCGAUUCGCCAGUAGUAACUUGUCAGACACCAAAUCCUACUGAACAUAGCAUCAGUGAGAUAGUUAGUAUUGUUACUGGAGUAGGCUCUUUCAUUGCUGCUGCUAUAGGUGUAAUUAUUGCUUAUAGGAAGUAUAAAUUAUUGAAAAGAAAACUAGAACUAGUAAUUAAUAGCAAAAAUGAAGACCAAACAGAUGAAUGA